AAAGAAAUGGACGUGCAAAAUCUGAUUAAUUUUACUUUCCACUUAUAACGAAGAGAAACAAAGAUAAUUCCUCCAUUCACCAAAAUGUGGUCUUUUAUUAUUUUAAUUCAUCCAUAAUAGCAGCUAUUUGAGGCUUAACAGGAGGAGAUAAGACAUCAGAAGGAGGAGAUAAGAUAGAAAGACGAGCAUUACUGACAGAAAAUUUCAUCGGUUAUGGAGAAAGUGUUGGGCUGCAUUCUACUAGGAAUGCUGUUUCUGAAUACAGCAGAAUCCGGAAAUGACAAUUCUGUGAAAGAGCAAAUCCCAUAUUCGGCAAUAAACUGUCGCAAACACAGUGCAUAUUUGACAGAUUUCGGAGGCAAAGGAGAUGGAAAAACUUUAAACACAGCAGCAUUUAAGGCAGCCAUUGCUAACCUGAGCAAGCUUGCAUCCGACGGUGGGGCGUUGCUCGUCGUUCCCCCCGGGAAAUGGCUGACCGGCUCCUUCAAUCUAGCUAGCCAUUUCACUUUAUAUAUACACCAAAAGGCUGUUAUCCUUGCAUCGCAGGAAGAGUCGGAUUUUCCUCUGAUCGAUCCGUUGCCGUCGUAUGGACAAGGAAGAGAGGCUCAGGGCAAAAGGUUUUCCAGUCUCAUUGUUGGCACCAAUCUUACCGAUGUUGUAAUAACAGGAGGGAAUGGAACAAUCGACGGACAGGGCGCAAUCUGGUGGCAAAAAUUCAAAGCUAAAAAGCUGAAAAACACAAGGCCUUACUUGAUUGAAAUCUUGCAUUCGGAGCAAGUCCAGAUUUCCGAUCUCACCUUGACCAACUCCCCUUCGUGGCAUGUCCACCCCACUUACUGCACCAACGUCACCAUCGAGAGACUAACAAUCCUCGCCCCCAUUGAUGUCCCAAACACCGACGGCAUCAACCCCGAUUCAUGCACCGACACGCGCAUACUCGACUCCUACGUGGUCUCCGGCGACGACUGCAUCGCCGUGAAAAGCGGGUGGGAUCAAUACGGCAUCAAAUACGGCAUGCCGACGCAGCGCCUCAGCAUCAAGCGAUUCACGUGCAUCUCCCCCGACAGCGCCGUCAUCGCCCUCGGCAGCGAGAUGUCCGGCGGCAUCCGCGACGUCCGAGCCGACGAGAUCUACGCCCUCAACUCGCAGUCCGGGGUGAGGAUCAAGACGGGGAUCGGGAGGGGAGGCUACGUCAAGGACAUCUACGUCAGGAACAUGAACAUGAACACCAUGAAGUACGUCUUCUGGAUGAACGGCGACUACGGGUCCCACCCCGACCCCGGCUACGACCCCAAGGCGCUGCCGGAGAUCACCAACAUCAAUUACAGAGACAUGGUUGCCAAGAAUGUGUCCAUCGUUGGAGCUCUCGCUGGGAUCAAGGGUGAUCCUUUCACUAAUAUCUGUAUCUCCAAUGUGACGGUGGAGUUGGCGGCGAAGAAGAUGGGGGAGGAGAAGGCGAAGAAGCUGCCGUGGAACUGCACCGAUGUUGGAGGCGUGACGAGCAGAGUGACGCCUAAGGCUUGUGAUCUGUUGCCGGAGAAACAAGUGGACUGCGCCUACCCUACUGAUACGCUGCCUAUUGAUCUCCUUCAGUUGCGCAAAUGUUUUGUUGAUGUUUAAAUUGUUGUCGUUCAUCAUUUUCAUCUUUAUUUCAUGUAGCUGAAAUAUAAAGUGUAUUCAAUCAUCCUAUGUCAGAAUUGAAAUAAUAGGGAAUUUUACAAUUUA